UCGCAGGUCGCAAUUCCCGCCAGUAGCACAUGCUAGCUGUUAGGGGACUAAAAAGCUACAGUUUGAGUUUAUAAAAGCGUGUAUUUCAUAUUUUAGCUGUUAGAGAAUUAUUUUCGUUUUGUGGUUACCGGAAUUAGACCAAACUCAUCCGAACAACUUUAGUUUGUUUCCCUGUGUGUAUUUUGUGAAUUAAUCUUGGAACCUUCAUUCUGAAUAAAAAUGAAAGUAGCUGAGGAUCAAGUUGUUGAGGAUGAUACAGGUUUCCAGGAUGAUGAGGAGUCGUUUUUUCAAGACAUCGACCUUCUCCAGAAACAUGGGAUCAACAUGGCAGAUAUUAAAAAGCUGAAGUCAGUAGGUAUUUGCACUGUCAAAGGGAUCCAGAUGACCACCCGCAAAGCUCUGUGCAACAUCAAGGGCCUGUCGGAGGCAAAAGUGGAGAAAAUAAAGGAAGCUGCAGGAAAAAUGCUGAAUGUGGGCUUCCAGACUGCCUUUGAGUACAGCGCCAAGAGGAAGCAGGUGUUCCACAUAACAACUGGGAGCCAAGAGUUUGACAAGCUGUUGGGUGGAGGUAUAGAGAGUAUGGCUAUCACAGAGGCCUUUGGAGAGUUCCGGACGGGGAAAACCCAGCUGUCUCACACACUUUGUGUCACAGCCCAGCUGCCAGGCGAGGAUGGCUACUCGGGUGGAAAGAUUAUCUUCAUUGAUACGGAGAACACCUUUCGCCCAGACAGGCUGAGAGACAUCGCUGACAGGUUCGGCGUGGACCAUGAUGCCGUGCUGGACAACGUGCUCUAUGCCCGGGCCUAUACCAGCGAACACCAGAUGGAGCUGCUGGACUUUGUAGCAGCAAAGUUUCAUGAAGAAGGAGGGGUGUUCAAACUGUUGAUCAUCGACUCCAUCAUGGCUCUGUUCAGAGUUGACUUCUCUGGUCGUGGAGAGUUGGCCGAGCGGCAGCAGAAGCUGGCCCAGAUGCUUUCAAGGCUCCAGAAGAUCUCUGAAGAGUACAACGUAGCCGUGUUUGUUACCAACCAAAUGACCGCGGAUCCCGGAGCAGGAAUGACAUUUCAGGCAGAUCCCAAGAAGCCGAUUGGUGGCCACAUCCUGGCCCACGCCUCCACCACCCGUAUCAGCUUGAGGAAGGGCCGUGGAGAGAUGAGAAUCGCUAAGAUAUUUGACAGCCCCGACAUGCCUGAGAAUGAGGCCACCUUUGCCAUCUCUGGCGGAGGAGUUACUGAUGCCAAGGAGUGAAGGAUCAAGUCCGCCCCACAUAAUAUUAUUUUAACCUCAGUAUUUAUUGUAUUCCAAAACCAAACAUUUGUUCAGUUGAUGUUUUACAGAUAUGUUAUAUUUAUUCACUCUGUUGACAUUUUCAAAUAAAUAAAUAAAAGUGUAA